AGUCUGUGCUGAACAAAUCGUGUUUUGAAAGUGGACAUAACUGGUCUGAGGACAGGAUAGGUCAUAUCAAUAAUCAUCUGGUAAAGGAACGUAAAAGGAAUAUCAAGGCCUUCAUAUUACUCAGGCAAGCUUGUUUUAUGUAAAAGUAAACAUUUCUAAUUGAGUGAGACCUGUCUGUUAACCUACGACCUGUUCUGUCGUCUCCUGCCUCAGCUGCAGCAGACGUGAUCUCCAGGAAGGAUCAACCCUCUGUUACGCUGGAUCUCUUGUUGUUAUCGUAUCUCAUCAUUUCCUCCGGGAUACCUACCGCUGAUCAUACAUCAUCAAAACCAUGUACCCACAAGUCGAUAGUGCUGCAGGAGCGGGAGUGGAGAGCGCCAGCGGAACCAAUACAUUCGACUCUCCCCAAGAUUCUGGGAUGGAAUCCGACGACUCCGAUGAUGACAUGGACAUGGACAUGGACGCCUGCAUGGUAGACAGUGAUGAGGAUUUCUUCUCAACGAAGAGCAUGACAAAAAGUGAUGAAGAAGAGGAAAAAGAGGAACCCGUGGCCACCGCUGAUGCUCCGAGCGAGCUGCCACCGAGUUUCAAAAUGUCGCUACGACAGCGCCGCGUGAGUAAAUCAGAAACGCUACCACUGCUGAACAUCCAGCGAGCAAUGCAGUUGCAGGGACGAGGAGGGUUUACUAUCCCUUUGGCAGUACCAGAAUCUCAAACACGCUUUUCAGGGCGGCAGAACUGGAAGAGGGCGUUCGCCAAGCUGAAGUUGAUUAAGGACCCGUGGAAGGAGUUUCAUCUUGAUGAGUUAGAGUCUGAGCCAGCGACGCGCCAUCGUUACAACGCGCUGAAGAAACAGUGGGUGACCGACGAGGUAGUGGUCAAGAUGCAGAAAAAGCCAUUUGCCCACGGUGCCAUGCGAGAAUGCUUCAGGGUAAAGAAGAUCUCCAGUCUCCUCCAUCAUAACCAAGACUGGAAGAAAGCGCAGAACUAUGUGGGCAAGCGUUACCUGCAGGAUGUGGACAACUCCACUUAUAUGGAAGAUGUUGUCCUACAGAUGGAUGCCAAGCUGUGGGGUGAGGAGUUCAACAGGCACAACCCCCCUAAAAAGGUGGAUAUCUUUCAGAUGUCACUGCUUGAGUUCCACGACCGACCGGGCAAACCCCUCUACCAUCUGGAGCACUUCAUCGAGGGCGAAUACACCAAGUACAACUCAAACUCUGGCUUUGUUGAUGAAAAGAUGAGGCUCACUCCUCAUGCAUUCAGCCACUUCACGUUUGAGAGGUCCGGCCAUCAGUUGAUUGUGGUGGACAUCCAAGGAGUAGGAGACCUGUACACUGACCCGCAGAUCCAUACCCACAACGGCUUAGGCUAUGGCGAUGGCAACCUGGGCACAAGGGGCAUGGCACUGUUCUUCUACUCGCAUGUCUGUAACUCGAUCUGUAGCAGCCUGGCGCUCUCUGAGUUUGAUUUGGCCGCAUCAGUGGUCUCGCUUCAAAAGAAGUACAUUGAUUUCCAGAAAAGUGCUGCAACCAUCGUACGUGGUGCGGAAGAGUUCUGCCAUAGUCCUUCGCCACAAGAGCGAGUGGACAUCAGCCGUUUCAUUCGUACAAGGACGAUAUCUGGCUGCAGUAUCGGAUCAAACGGAGAGGGUGGAGGAGACUCUGACUUGGACUCGGAUCACGAUAGUGUCAAGUCGGCUGAUGACGAGGUGCCCAUGAUGAUAUCUCCACCGAUGAUAUUUAUGCGGCGUAACCGAUUCACUGCGAAUAUCAGUGAAUCCGACGGAGAUACUCUGACAGAGCUUGAUAAAGAAAGUCCUCGUGCAAGGAGACUAAACAAUCCAAUUGCUCACCAACCAUCUGAUAGUUGGAGUAAACUCUAUGGGAAAGAAGUGAAUGGUACCCCGCUCUCGCCGCGGGACAGUUGGACGAAAAUGUAUGGGAGAUUUGUGGUAAAUGACGAUGAGAUUUAUAGCCCUUCUCGUCAAGAGGAAGAGAGACAAGCAUUUGCAGCUGCCAUGAAGAGAAUCCAUCGUCCUUCGUGCAUCACCAACGAGUUGAACCUGAGGAAUACAGGAGACGUUGGUGUGGCAGCGGUCAAGAAGGUUGGAGACUCCAUCUUAGGCCAGGUGCAUCAUGAUAUGACCAAGUAUCACGAGUGUGGCCGCUUCUGUAUGAAUGAUAGUGACAUCGACUGGGAGGCUGCGGUCUAUCACGAAGAGCAGGCAGCCAAGUUGGGCAUCAUGGAAGCCAUCCUUACCUUGGCCAAACUCUAUCUUGGUUUUCCCAGAGACAUCUUGGUCAAUUGUACCAUUACGGAGACCGAGUCAAACCUUCAGAGAGGCUUUGACUAUUUGAUGUCAGCUGCCAAGUUCAACGACGUCGAUUCCAUGAUCAACAUAGCCAAGGCUUAUGAAAAUGGAUAUUACAACAGGUCAAAGGAUUGGGGUUUGGCCAUGGAGUGGUAUGAGAGAUCAGUCGGACUCAUCGAAUCACAGUGUAUCAAUGAGACAGAGGAACCUCUUUAUGCACUCAAGGCCAAGUUGGCUGACUUGUACAAAUGUGGCGGAUUCAAUUUGAAAGCUGAUCCACAGAAGUCAGGUGACUUGUUCAACGAGGCAGCUGAGCUAGCCACAGAGCAGAUGAAGGGGCGACUGGCUACGAAAUACUUCAUGCUCGCUGAGGAGGCGUACGGAGAAUUGGAAGAAUGAGGGAAAUGUAUUGUGGAAUGGUCUCUACGUAUAAAACUCUAUGACUGAAAUCAAAGUUACACAAGUGUUAGACCCUGUAAAGAUAUAAAGGUAGCUAUGACAAGAUAAUCACUAAGGAGAGGUUGUGGAAAUGGCCUCGAGGAAGUGUCAUCCAGGACUGAAAGAUUCUGUAAAUAGUUUGAAAGCUAGCAAAGAGGAGAUUGAAGUGCACUUUGAGAAAGGAUGUGUGGACAAAUACAGGAAACAAACCCACAAUGAGAUUGGUGAGGUAUGUGUAUGGUGUUUGUUUGAAAGGCUGUAGUUAUUCACACAAUGCUAGAUGCUAGUUUAUUUAUCGAUGACGGUUGCUUCUGUUUCUUGUCCCCUCUUUCACUGCCAAACGUGUUUGUCGACUAAAAGUUUUCAGAGAUGGAGAACGUGUGGCAUUGAAUGAGUGACAGUUAGAUGUAGAUUGUGCUUGUGCGGUUCACCUGAAAUCAGAGAUUCUAAAGUUGUGAGUGUAAACUUCUCGUGAAGGAUCCUGCUAGGAUACUGAGUGUUACAACUGAUUGUGCCACAUGUACAUGGUAUUUAAGUUACACAUCCGAGAAUAACUUGAUCGCAAAGGCAUCCAAUUGGCAUCCAAAAGCUGUCAGUGAUGUGAUGAUAAGCUACGAGUAUAGAAGGCUUGCUUUGCCUUACAUUAACUUUGAGUCUGAUGCCACUCGGUCAUCACCCUGGAGCAAAAGCAACAGUUAUGGCUCUGUCAAAAAAUUCUUAUCAGGGACUUCACAUGAUUUCCUUGUAUUCUGUUAAACAAUUCGUUUGUGCCAUGCAUAUUGGAUCCGCACUUGUUUUUAACUGUGACGAAUUCUGACCAUUUGUUACCAUCUGGAGUAUAGUAACGCUUUUAUUUAGCUCAGGACUUUUUGAGAUUCAGUCUUUGCAUUUAAAAUGGGGUUUUUUUGGUGUCCCCGUGUUAAUUUUGUCUCCUGAGUUUGGUGCCUUCCUGUGCUUUUCUUAAACUGAUUGUCAAGUUGUUUUUUGCAUUGAAAACUUUGGUGUGACGUCUUCUUUUGUGAGGUUAUGUUUUCCAAAUCUGGAAGAAUUUCAUUAUACUUAGUGAUCCAGAUGGCACCAAAUAGUCAGGAUCUCAAACUUAAACUAUCCUGUUUUCCAUUAUAAAUGAAGGCAGCUUUCACUCUGAUGAAUCAUAAUAUCGACAGAUGUUGUCGAAUUUCGGUUUUUUACUCAGGAUAAUCAAGUCUUUUCCUUUGUCGUAUAAAUCUCUCUGUUGACAUAACUUAGGCACUCAAGUCUUUGUGAGCUUGAAUCUAAGUGGAGUGUAUUAAAGGCAUACAUGUAGAACCGGUUUUACCAGAUGAGGAGAAACUUGACUUCAGUUUACAUUUUGAAACCUAAAUAUUUAAAUCUUAUUUUUACCUUCUUUUGCCAAGAGGAAAACUUUUUAGGGUUACCGGUAUAUUUCAUAAAUUUAUGACAUUUUUCUGUAUAUUCCAAAUUUGAUGUCAUGAGUGAUGAAUAACAGUUUUAGUUUUCAUAGAAAUGAAUGUCACAAGUCUGACUGAUGAGUUUUAAAAAGUUCAGUUCAAAAAGCAAAGAAGAUUUAUCGGGCAUUAAAAAUCGAUUUGAGGAAUGAAGGUGCUGGCAAAGGACACUGCCUAAGUUGGACUCUUUUCGUAUGUGGCUUACGAUUCUCGGUGCCAGCACAACAUCGCAGGGCCACACUGUGUAGAAAGAUCACACUUUCAUGACAAUUCUGAUGUGGCAUGAGACAACAGUUUGAGUUGUUUAACUUUCCUGGGUUGUGAUUGAGCUGAAGAUCCAGUGAGUGUACAUUUUGGCACUGUAGGGCCCUGCUGUUGAGCCUUGCACGAGAAUGUCAAGUCCCAUAUUGUAAUACUGUGAUCGUGUACAUAAUGAGUGAUCUGGCCGUACCAAUUUUAUCGCAAAUUUCAACGGGCAUUUCAGCCCUUUAUAUGGAUGAGGCUUCAUCAGUUUUGAAAAAAAAUUCUCUGAGAGUUUGACAAAUAUCUAUGAUUAGUUUUUUGCAGUGUAUUUUAAAGCAUAGUGACCUUUGGACCCCUGUGCUGGCUAGAUUUCUUAACACCUGGUAGGCCGGCUUAUGCCAGACAUUUCCUCAGCUAAUAGAUCUGAUGAAGUAUAAAACUCCUAGGUUCUUUGUAAAGCUAGCAACCCAACCCUGCCAAAACAGAAAUGAUGCAUGACAGGGAAUUAUAGGCAAAAUGACUUCUUGAAAUAACGUGGCAAUGAAAUUGAUAUGGCCUUUUGUAUUUUCAAGUUAACUUUUAGACCAUCAGUGUCAGUUUUUUACCCUGUUGUACUGCUUUUUAUGGCAAGUUCAAAGUUGACCAGCUGAUCUAGAAUAGUCCAUAUUGUACACAUCUAUUUACAGUGACCUACAUGUACGUGUAAACACAUCUAUUUACAGUGACUUACAUGUACGUGUAAACUGACAAUGACUUGAUGUUGUAAACAUGUGAGCAUUCAUCGCUAGCUGACGAAAACAUUAGCUGGUACUUUUAACAGAAACAUGUCAGGUAUCGACAGUCGUCAUCUUGGCCUAGAAGUGACUUCUUGCCUUGGGUGCAGCUCUGUUCACAUCACAAUUGGUGUUUUUCUUGGUCCUUGACUUUACAGUUCCGGUAAGUUUGCGUUUAGUUGGCCAGGCUUUGAUUUACUGCUCUACUUACUGUAGUGUUUCUGUUAUAGAAAUGUACAUGUAUCUAAAUUUGCUGAACAACAGUGUACUAUGGUUACUUUGAAUACUACACUAGGUAUAAACUCUUGACAUACUCAAACAUCAUCAAUAUGUGUCCUAGACUCUGUAUAUAUCGCUCAUUCAAGUCGUACAUGUAUUCAGGACAAUCACAAUGUGGAAUAUCGACUUAAUGUCAAGUGCUGGGUUUUAUUGGUCUGUUGAGUCACAAGAUGCCGGAUGACUUCUUCUCGACUCAGGAAGUAAAACGAGCAAUUCGAGAGUGACAAAUCGUUUUACAGUGUCCACUUGUCCUAUUUCAUUCCACAGCACCUUACUUCCAUGUAGGCUGCAUUCUUACUUCAUCAAAUCAAACUCCCUUCAUAGUGCUUGUAAGUGUGGAUAGAGUUUCACAUCAGUAUUGUUAUCUUUCUUCUUAUAAUAACUUAGUUCAAGCAGAACAUCUUUUUUACCUUACAUGUAUAUCUACUUUAUUUUCCACCAGAAAUGCACAGCGACACACUGCUGUGCAGGUGUAGGUACUUUAUUCUCAUUAUGCACAGACCUCUGUGAUCUUCUUUAAGCAGGUGUGUUUAUUUGUCAUAAAGUCUUCUGGAAUCUUACACAUUAUAAGCUGAUGUUAGGUUUAACUUUCUCCCAGCACCUGUAGUAGAUAAGACAUGGCAUAAUCUGUCAGUCUGUGACACAAUCAGUACUCUUUCUUGUAGCAUGGCACAGGGUUUCCGCUGGAAGGCUUACUUCAUUGGCUUUUAGGGGCCCGACCUAGAAACUGGUUCAUUUCAUAUAUCCUAGAAACAGAAUCAUUUGAAAUAUCCCAGAAAGUUAGGAAAUAUGCAAGUCGUGUUUUCGAUGUGAUGUACAGAACUGUAUUGCAGUUUGGUAUGUAUGAAUUGGGAAAGGACAUUCCGUAGAUCGAGUUAGAUCUUGGUAGUCUAAAAUAUCCUGGACUAUGUUUGUUUACAUUUGUGUCUGGGUUUAGGCAAGGAUGUUUAAUUUGAGCAAAGUUUGAUUUUGUGGAAGGGCUGAAAAUCUUUUGAAUUUCUAGAUUGAGGAGAGCAUAAAUUCAGAUGUGUUAAAGAUUUGUGUUUAUGUGGAAUGUGUUUUUGUAUUGUAAUUCAAGACGGCACUUGGCUAUUGUGGAUAGCAAUGCAUAACAUUAUUGAGGAAUUUAUUGUAAGUUUUUCUUGUGUAAUGAAAAGUGUACACAUUAUUCAAAAGUAGUUGUUGUACUUGGUUGUAUCUCUUUGUAUUUUUUGUAUGGUUUAGAGGAACCGGAUCCUGUAACAGUCAGUUGUUUUGUCAGUGCUGUAUGAAGCUUAUCAUAGUGCUUGUCACCAUGCUAUCGCAACAUCUAUUCAGGUCAUUUAUAUUUGCAAGUCGAUAGACUUUUUUGUUUGGCUUCUUGAGAGUUGAAUCCACCUUUCUGCCUUUCCAUGACAAGAAAUGGUUGAAUUUGAUGAUUUGUAUGUUCUCUAUAUAACAUGGAAAGCCUGGUUAAACUUUGAAAUAAUCAUAUGAGGUUAUGAUUACAAUACUGUACAUGCUAGCAGUAUGAAGCUGUUAUGAUGAAAUCAACUAUUUGGACCCCCUCAUUAUCCUAUAAUCCUAUUUACGAAUGAGCAGAAAUCAGUUCAGUAUACUGUCUGAAAGCUAAAAGCUAGCUAUAGUAAUCUCACUGUUAUAAGGCUGUGCCAUCAUAGUCACACCUGAAAAAAUCAAACAGUCAUAUGAUUCGAGAAUUGUAACACAAAUUGUCAAUAUCAGCUUGUGAGUACAUGUACCUAUCAGCCAUCAAAAGAGUUCAGUGCCAAGAUAAAACCCUUCCUUACCACUGCAGCCCCUACAUAGUGUCUUCACUUCGUAGCCAUUCUAUGCAUCCCUUUAGUCAUUUAGAUAUCUACUUACAUCACAAGGGGCUGGUUUUUCAAAGAUCUAGCACGAUACAUUCACCGAAUAGGUCCUUGUGAAGGUCAGUUUGAGGAAAUGUUGGUUUAGGUUAUGACCUUGGAAGAACCCGCCCUGGUUGGGCAUGAACCCUUAUUUGGCAUGUGCCUUGUUUUUGAACUGACCUUGGAUUGCGAUGACAUAUCAUUUCCUUUCACUGACGGAAUUCUUGUGGUUAUGAGGCCAAGAAUGUUAUAUUUUGGGGUGAAACCAAAAAGUAAAAAAAACCUUUAAAAUCAGUGGGAAUAUGCCAGUCCUGAUGGUACGUCCUCAACGUUCUUCAAAAAUCUCAUUUUGUAAAUAAUCUUUCUUCAACAUUUAUCCUUGUAUUUUCUAGUGUACGUCACAUUUACACCAUUGAAUCGUAUUUGUAAAUAGUCCAUCUUGUGUUAGUGCAGGGAGGUUCUAGGACUUGUGUUCCCAUGGUCAUUCAUGGAUACCAUUUUCGCAAAUCCAUCUUUGAGAAAAAGAUGCCCGAUAUUGAUGCCUUGUUCAUGUGAUUUCUUCUUGUUCAUGUGAGUUCUGUGACUUCUUUUAAAAGAAAAUAAGGGGUUCGAAAGGGUCAAUUCAAGGCAAAGGAGUGGUAGAAACAUGACAUUACAGUCUAUUUUGCCAUCUCAUUGAUCAAGCAGCACCCCUCAUGGACCCCAUUCAUAAUCGUAAGAAAAAGUGACCAUGUGAACUGGGCAUAAAAUGGGCUGACUUUAUAGUUGAUAGUCAACACUGUGUCAUGUGUUAUAAAAUGUGUUAUAUGGCAGAAUUGUACAAUUUUUUAGGAGUUUAUCCAUCUUUUUCACAAUUUUUGUAUAACUUAUAAUACUGUGUGAACACAAGUGUUAAAUCCAUGGUAGGUUUAGUCACGAGCCAUGUUUCAUAUCAUUUGUUGUAUGUCCUAUUUGGUAGUUGGGUUCUAUCUUACUGGCAGAGGUUGUGUUUAGUUCAUGUUUAUAACAGACUGGCAGUGAUAAGUCACUUGGACAGAGCUGUAUUUCAGAAAACAUAGCAUCGCAAAGUGGAUGACAAUUUGAUAACAGUGUCUUUGGAAAUGAUUGAAUAUAACUGUUGGUGUCCCAGUUGUAUGGUUUCAUCAAUAAAUAGAUGAUUGUAACGUGCUUCAUCCAGACUUGGUGAGAGCAGUGACUAACCUGCUCAUGAAGCAUUUGUUAUCUUGUUACCUCCAUGUAUAAUUCUGAUGAAAUAGUACAAUGGGGACACUAUGCAUUCUUUGUGCUGGUCACACUGGAUGCAUAUCAGUGUUAAUUAACCUAGCUGUAUGUGUGGAGAACAUGCACAGGGUGGUGACCUGUGGCCUAGUAUAUGAGAGAAUGUGGGGGGGGGGUUGUCUCGUGCACUGUUAAUGUUUACCACACAUAGAUCAGUUCCAACACUGGCGUAUUUGUGGGUUGGUCCAUAUUUUUUGUGUGUGCUUAAAAUUUGUCGCCAGCAAAAAGUUGUUUGAUUGAUCAACUUGAAAUUAAGGAUUAUCAACAGGUUACAAUAUAAAUCCUUGGAUACAGUGCUGUUAAAUUGUUUUGUCCUAAGUCUUAUCUAAGGGUAUGAAGAACAUAUAUUAUUCAUCUCUUCACUACUCUUACUUGUAUGUAUUGCUAUUAAAUGUUUUCAUGGUAUUUUAGAGUCAUCAUCCAUCAAGCUCAUCUCAAAGAAACUUUGUAAAUAAUGCUGAAAAAUUGAAAUAUAUAUUGUUCAGAUUACAGCUUCACUCAAUAAAAUUGGAUACUGAAACUAUA